AUGAGCCGCAGAAUAAUAGCAUCCAAGCUCCCGUCGCGGGCGGCCCUCGAGCCAUGUCUCAAUGCCUCGAGGCAACAACCGACCCAAACCUGCCGCCGAUUUCUCUCCUCGCCGAGCACAUCACCGUCCUCCCGCCGCCCAACGACGACACCAGGACGCAUCCGGCAGCAACAGCCUUUUGUACCACGGAGAUGGAAGUCCGAGACGGUGGAGGAGCUGAAGAGCAGGAAUAGAAGCGGGCCCUUCUCCUGGAAAGCCGGUGUCAUCUUCGUCCUGACCGCCGCGGGGCUGGUCUGGUACAUGGACUACGAGAAGGAGCGGAUGCACAAGAAGCGCAUCGCAGACGCGUCCAAGGGCGUGGGCAAGCCGCGGAUCGGCGGCGCCUUUGAGCUGAUUGACCAGGACGGCCGGCCCUUCUCGUCCGACUCGCUGCGGGGCCGCUACUCGCUCGUCUACUUUGGCUUCUCGCACUGCCCCGACAUCUGCCCCGAGGAGCUGGACAAGAUGGCGCUCAUGUUUGACGAGGUCGAGCGGGAGCGGCCCGGCGCCCUGGCCCCCGUCUUUGUGACGUGCGACCCGGAGCGCGACACCCCUGAGGUCCUCAAGGAGUACCUGGCCGAGUUCCACCCGCGCUUCAUCGGCCUCACCGGGACCUACGAGCAGAUCAAGGCCAUGUGCAAGGCAUACCGCGUCUACUUUAGCACCCCGCGCGACGUCAAGCCCGGCCAGGACUACCUCGUCGACCACAGCAUCUACUUUUACCUGAUGGAUCCCGAGGGCAAUUUCGUCGAGGCCCUGGGGAGGCAGCACUCGCCCAAGGCCGGCGCAAACAUCAUACUCGACCACAUGAAGGAGUAUAAGGGGCAGAUCAAGACGGCAUGA